AAUUUUCAACAGUCAACUUCGUUAUUAGUCAGAGUAAGAUAAAAAAAUUAACUUAUAUAAUCAAUAGACGUACACCUGCCCCAAUUUCUGUAUAUUAUCGUAAACAAGCCUCUAAGUAAACAUUACUAAAGAGAAAAACCACAUCUAAACUUACAAUUGCAAAAUCAUUAGGUAGUUUUAAACUACUAUAAACAUAUCCUUAUUGGGUCCUUGUCCCUUCAAGAUGUUUUGGGUCCUUGCAGGGAUACUCGUUGCAACUCUAAUUUACUACUGUUUUAUAAAACCUCUUUACCACUGGAGGGAACGAGGUGUUGUACAGAAAGACUUUUUCGAAUCAUUUACAUUUUCGUGGUUUGGUGUCUUCCGUCGAGUUACAUUGGCAGAAAAUGCCAUUAAUAUCUACAAAAGCUUCCCUGGAACAAGAUACUAUGGCUUAUAUCAGUUCAAUGUUCCCUCUUUGGUAAUUAAAGACGUUUAUUUGAUCAAGCAAAUGGUAAUAAAGGAUUUCGAUCAUUUUAAUGAACACCGCGUUUUUGCUAGGGAGGAAGUCGAUCCUCUGUGGGCGAAUAAUCUAUUUGCUUUAACAGGCAACAAAUGGAGAAACAUGAGAUCCACACUUAGCCCCUCUUUCACCAGUAGCAAGAUGAAAGGAAUGUUUAUCUUAAUGAAAGCUAACGCUGAAAACUUAGUCAAUUUUUAUCUCAAUCAAAACAAAGAAGUUGUCCAAGUGGAAAUGAAACAACUAAGUUCAAGUUACGGAAAUGAUGUGAUAGCUUCCGCAGCAUUUGGGCUAGAAGUGGAUUCCUUGGCCAAUCCGAACAACGAGUUCUGUGUCAAUGGAAAGAAUCUCACCACAUUUGGUAGUCUUAACGGAAUGUUUAGAUUUCUUUUUAGCACAUUUUUUCCAAGCAUAUCCAAGCUUUUAAACAUCAGACUCAUCCAAGAAAAAGUAGGUAACUUCUUUACCGACAUUAUUGAAGAAUCUAUUAAAAUGAGAGAAGAAAAAGGAUUAGUGAGGCCCGAUAUGAUUCAUUUAAUGUUGGAAACGCGAAAAGGAAGCGUAAAAGUUGAUGAAACCACUACUACACCUGAUACUGGAUAUGCUACUGUCGAAGAACAUCUGAAAGCUGAAAUAAAGACUAAUAUCACCAACAAAGACAUCGUCGCUCAAGCUCUUAUCUUCUUCUUUGCUGGUUUCGAUUCCAGUUCUAAUUUAAUGAGCUUCUUGGGAUAUGAAUUAUGUGUCAAUCCAAACAUCCAAGAUAGGCUUAGAGAAGAAAUUAAUGAUACUUUGAAAAGCUGUAAUGAAGAAGUAACAUACGAAUCUCUUGUAAACAUGAAGUACAUGGAUAUGGUGGUGUCAGAAUGCCUAAGGAAAUGGCCAGCAUUGCCAACAUUGGAGAGACGCUGUUCCAAACCAUAUACCAUCGAACCCGUUCUACCCGGAGAAAAGCCAAUACAACUGAUACCAGGCGACGUCAGAAAUCUAGUCAUCUAUGCAACCCAUCACGAUCCUGAACUGUUUCCAGAUCCAGAAACUUUCGAUCCUGAGAGAUUCAACGAAGAAAACAAAGGCAAUAUCAAGCCUUCUUCUUAUAUGCCAUUCGGACUGGGGCCCAGAAACUGUAUCGGCUCAAGGUUUGCGCUCCUCGAAACGAAAAUUCUGUUUUUCUACAUUUUGAGGUAUUUUAAAAUAGUUCCUAUUGAGGAAACUGUUAUACCGAUUAAGUUGGAUAAAAGUAUAUUUAAUCUAGUACCAAAAAAAGGCAUUACUGUGGGAUUUGAACGUAUUAAAUCAGAAUAUUUUGCAUAAUAUGCUAAAAUUCUAAAAAGUGUUAAAAUUCUAAAAAGUAGUUUUUUAUCAUUUUGUCUAUACCUUUUGAUUUAAUUUGAAAAAUGUGAUUAACUAAUAAAGUUUGGUAGUGAAUAUUUAUAUAUACCUAU